AGGUCAAAGUGAAAGUAAAAGAUUAAACAUCGGAUGGCCAGACGCCAUCUCGCAGGAUCCAAAACCAGAAAAUACCUUCACACGUUACGGACGCGUUUGCAGUCUGCUACUGGUCCGCAGCUGUUUAAGCCACAAAACACAAGGCCUGAAAUCAAGUCUCCUCUAGCAGGAAAAGAAGCUGAAAAGCCUGGAAAAUUUGUGUGUAUGAAGAGAUAAAGGAGGAGAAACCUGUCUGUGAAAUGAGUGUCUAUGAGGAGAAAGAGCAGGAGUCUUCUGUUGAAGCUCAGAGAGCAGCAUCUCCAGGAUUCAGCUGUGUUUCUAUGAAGAGUAACAACUCCAUGUAUCAGCCUCCUUAUCUCAGUGAUGUUGACGCUCAGAGAGCAGGGUCUCCAGGAUUCAGCUGUGUUUCUAUGAAGAGUAACAACUCCAUGUAUCAGCCUCCUUAUCUCAGUGAUGUUGACGCUCAGAGAGCAGGGUCUCCAGGAUUCAGCUGUGUUUCUAUGAAGAGUAACAACUCCAUGUAUCAGCCUCCUUAUCUCAGUGAUGUUGACGCUCAGAGAGCAGGGUCUCCAGGAUUCAGCUGUGUUUCUAUGAAGAGUAACAACUCCAUGUAUCAGCCUCCUUAUCUCAGUGAUGUUGACGCUCAGAGAGCAGGGUCUCCAGGAUUCAGCUGUGUUUCUAUGAAGAGUAACAACUCCAUGUAUCAGCCUCCUUAUCUCAGUGAUGGAGCUGCUGUGACCUCUGACCCUGGUAUCAUCAACAGGAAUAGAAAGAGAGUCACAUCUCCAGUAUCCAGCUCUGUGUCUGUGAAGAGAAACAAAUCCACUGGUCAGUCUCCUUAUCUCAGUGAUGAACCUGCUGUGACCUCUGACCCUGUUGCUGGGAGAGCUGACCAGAUCAGAUAUGUGUCCUGUCAGACCUUCACAUCCUCCUCCAGUCAGAACCACAUCAGUCAUCAUGACACAGAAGCAGAUCUGCAGCUCGAUUCUCAUCAACCAGAGCAUGAUGAUCUGCAGAGAGUCAAAGACCAGCACAAAACCAACAUGAAGAACAAGUAUGAGAGCUUAUUUGAGGGAGUCAAACUACAAGAGAAUCAAACCCUUCUGAACAGGAUUUACACACAGCUGUACAUCAUAGAGGGAGAGAGUGAAGGAGUGAAUGAAGAACAUGAAGUGCUACAGAUGGAGAAAAGUUACAGGACACUCCAAGACACUCCAGUCAACUGCAAUGACAUCUUUAAUCCUUUACCUGAACCAGGAGAUGAGGAGAAGAGAAGAGAGAAGAAAGACACAAUAAAGAUUGUUCUUACUAAAGGCAUCGCUGGAAUUGGAAAAACCGUCUCUGUGCAGAAGUUCAUUCUGGACUGGGCCGAGGGAAAAGCCAAUCAGGAUGUAGAUUUCAUGUUUGUGCUUCCAUUUAGAGAACUGAACUUGAUUAAAGAUCAUCAUUACAGUCUUUACAGACUUCUGAUUGACUUUCAUCCUGAACUUCAAGAUCUGGACUCAAAGAUUUAUGAUGAAUGUAAAGUUGUGUUCAUCUUUGACGGUCUGGAUGAAAGUAGAAUCACACUUUUGUUUUCAGAUGUUCAGAAAGUUUCUGAUGUGACUGAGACUUCAUCAGUGGGUGAGUUGAUGUCAAACCUCCUGAGAGGAGCUCUGCUUCCCUCUGCUCUCAUCUGGAUCACCACCAGACCAGCAGCAGCCAAUCAGAUCCCCUCCAACUACAUCAACCGUGUGACAGAGAUUCAGGGAUUCAAUGACCCUCAGAAGGAGGAAUAUUUCAGGAAGAAAAUCAGUGACGAGCAUCAAGCCAACAGAAUCAUCUCACACAUCAGAAGAGCAAGAAGCCUCCACAUCAUGUGUCACAUACCUGUCUUCUGCUGGAUCUCAUCCACUGUGCUUCAAAACAUCCUGAAACAAGAUCUCAGUGCAGAAAUCCCUCAAACUCUGACUGAAAUGUACAUCUACUUCCUUAUCAUUCAAACAAAUAUGAGGAACCAGAAGUAUGAAGAGAGAGAUCCAGAGAACCUCCUGCAGGCGAACAGAGAAGUGAUUGUGAAACUUGCUGAACUGGCUUUCAAACAGCUGAUGAAGGGCAAUGUGAUGUUUUAUGAGGAGGACCUGAGAGAGAGCGGCAUAGACGUCACUGACGCCUCAGUGUAUUCUGGGAUUUGCACUGAGAUCUUUAGGGAGGAAUCUGUGAUUUAUCGCAGGAAGGUUUACAGCUUUGUACAUCUGAGCUUUCAGGAGUUUUUUGCAGCACUGUAUGUGUUUUUCUGCUAUUUACACAAGAACAGUGAGGUUCUGAAGAUGUUCCUGACAGGAAAGUCCAGAACUCAGUGUGAGAAUAUUCCUCUGGAUGUGUUUCUGAAGGAAGCAAUGAAUAAAGCCUUAAAGAGUAAAAAUGGACACCUGGAUCUCUUCCUUCGGUUUCUUCAUGGGAUCUCGCUGGAGACCAAUCAGAGACUCUUACAGGAUGUAUUGAUUUACACAGAGAACAACCCAGAGGGCAUCAAGAAAAUAACCCAAAACCUCAAACGAGGUCAGAAAAACAAUGUCAGUCCUGACAGAUGGAUAAAUCUGUCACACUGCUUGAUUGAGAUGAAGGAUAACUCAGUUGUUGAAAAAAUGCAGUCGUUUUUAAAUUCUGGAAAUAUAAGUAAAAGUCUUACUCUUGCACAAUGCUCAACUUUGGCAAACAUAAUCCUGAUGUCAGAGGAGGCACUGGAUGAGUUUGAUCUUAAAAAAUUCACCACCAAAUCAAAAGAUGGGAGAUGGAGACUGUUACCUGCUGUGAGGAACUGCAGAAAAGCUGUAUUAACAGGCUGUGAUCUCACUGAUCAACACUGUGAAAUUGUGGCUUCAGUUUUCCAAACAUCAAACUCCCUUAGAGAGCUGGACCUUAGUAACAAUCAUCUGCAGGAUUCAGGAGUGGAGCUGCUCUCUGCUGGACUGAAGAGUCCAAACUGUCAGCUCAACAUACUGAGAUUGUCCAGCUGUAAUCUCAGUGAUCAGUUCUGUGAGAUUUUGGCUUCAACUCUACAAUCAUCAGACUCCUCCCUGAGAGAGCUGGACCUGAGUCACAAUGACCUGCAGGAUUUAGGAGUGGGCUACCUCUGUGCUGGACUGAGGAGUCCAAACUGUCAACUCAGCAUACUGAGAUUGGCUGACUGCAAGCUCACUGAUCAGUGCUGUGAAACUGUUGCUUCUGUUUUACAAUCAUCAAACUCCCUGAGAGAGCUGGACCUGAGUAACAAUCAUCUGCAGGAUUCAGGAGUGGAGCUGCUCUCUGCUGGACUGAAGAGUUCAAACUGUCAACUCAACAUACUGAGAUUAUCUCAGUGUUUGGUGACAACAGAAGGUUGUGCUGCUCUGGCAUCAGCUCUGAAUUUAAACCCAUCACACCUGAGAGAGCUGGAUCUGAGCUACAAUCACCCAGGAGAUUCAGGAGUGAAGCUACUCAGCCACCUGGAAAAACUCAAUGUGGAUCUUGGAGGAGAGUUCAGGAUCACAUCAAGACUCCACAAAUACGCCUGUGAUCUCACACUGGAUCCAAACACAGCACACAGUGGACUCGUUCUGUCUGAGGAGAACAGAAAGGUGACACGUGUCUCUGAGUCACAGUCAUUUCCUGAUCAUCCGCACAGAUUUGAUCUGUGGGAUCAAAUUCUGUGUUCAGAGACUCUGACUGGACGCUGUUACUGGGAGACUGAAUGGAGCGGAGAAGAAGUUUAUAUAUCAGUGGCUUAUAAAGAAAUCCAGAGGAAAGGAUUGAGUGAUGACUGUUUGUUUGGAGGUAAUGUGAACUCCUGGAGUCUGAUAUGCUCUGAACAAGGAUUCACUGCUCGUCACAAUAAUAACUCCACACGUAUCUCUGCUGCUCCAGACUCCUGUAAGAGAGUCGCAGUGUUUCUGGACGAGUCGAGCGGCUCUCUGUCUUUCUACAGCGUCUCUGACAAACACACACUCACACACUUACACACAUUCACACACACAUUCACUCAACCUCUACUCGCUGGAUUUAGACUUGGUUAUCAUAACAACUCUUCAGUGUCUCUGUGUCACAUUAAACACACACACAUUAAAUGCACACACACAAACUCUCUCUCACACACACAUUAGUACACAUAGGUUGAGUGUGUAAUGAUGUGAAAUUUUGUGUGUUUUAAUCUGAACUCCAGAGAAUCUCAUCUUCAGGAAGUUGAACAUCAGUUUCCUGUUUCUGAUCAUCAUGAAGAUGUUUCAGUCACACACACAAACAGACAAAUACACAAGUGUUUGUGUGAAAUCAGCUCAUAUUUACACUGCUCUUUAAUAUUUCUCUGGCUCUAUUUUCACGAGUUCAUGUCGU